AUGCCUUGGUUAUUAUCCAUCUUUGACCAGUCUGGACGCGAGUCCGGACCAGAUGCUGAUCUAAUUGUGGACGCACCCCGAGCCAUGAUUCAAACAGAACUCCUGAGGAAGGAUGGGCGAUUUCAACUGAAGGGUUCAAAUAAAUUCAUUUUUGUCCUACUUCCAGACAUCACAACAGCACCUGUGAUUCACAUUGCACCAUCCGCAGUUCAAGCAGUCCGGACCAGCUCUAAGAUUCCGAUCCUCCACCCUAGCGCCCUCCUGCUCACGAAACGGGACAUGGAAGCUGCCCUGCGGUGGCUGGUGUCCAAACGACUGCGCAUAGACUUCGACCUGUAUCCCGAGAAACCGAAGGAACAUUUGAUUCCUGCGCUGAAGCUACUUUACGCGAGGAUGCGGCAGACGAUGGCUGCUGGCCUUGGCACGAUAUUGAAUGAGAUGUGGACUUGGGAUGGGGGGAUGAUUGGUUGA